CCAGUGGAGGCUAGAAUAAGCUGUUAAUAUGCUGGUGAAGUCUUUUAUAGAAGGAAGCAAUGGGUUAGAUAGUGGUUUAACAGAGGGUCCCAGAUGAUGAAGAAAGUUGUUAGAUUAUUUGUCAAUAGGAAAAUACAGAAGUUUGAAUAGCCUUAAAAGCUGAAUAAGGGGUAUUUGGAAAUGAGGUCAUUGUGCCUGUCAAAAGAAUUCCGUUGUUGUUGAAGUAGGAACUGUUGAAAUAGAUGUGAUGCUCAUUGUUACUGCUUUGAAUUCAUCUUGAGGUUGCAGGACUUGGAGCAAGAGUUUAACGUUGUAAUUAUGCUAUAUUGUGGCUAGCCUCAAUGGUUUUAUUUGCAACUCCUGUCAUAUGUUUUAUUUCAUCCUUUAAGUUUUGGGUGAAGUACAUAUAGAAUGGAUUAAGUUAUCCCAAGAUUGUUCCUUUUUUGGUGUUAUAGUAUAAAGAAUUAGAAAGUAGUUAAGUCAACUGGUAGAAAGUUGAAGGAGUUUGUGCUUUGGAUUGAUGAAUUUCAGUUGGACUGUUGGAUCAGAAUUUUUUCUGAAUCAGCUGUCAAGAGUUAUUCAUUUGGGUGAGGCAUAACAUUUUUGUGCUUGGCUUAGUUAGAAGCAAGAUUAAACUUGCUCAUGUAAUUAGGAAUCUAGUCUCAAGGUUGAGAAAUAGGCGAAGGAUGGUAUGAAAUGCUACUGCAUAAAACCAGAAAUUAGUGCUAAGUCCUUUUUGUGAAAUGUAAUUGUACAAUCAUAUGAUAUCAGGUUGAUUGGUUGUAAUAGCGUCAGAGUACUUAUGGUAGUUGUACACUGUCUACAUGGUGUUAGAAAAUAUGGAGGAAAGAUUAAUGGCUUAGUGAGGGCACUGCAAGAGCAAUAAACUUGUAUUCUGUUGUGGAAUAAUAAGAUUUUGUCUGUAAAAGAGGAAUAAAAGAGUCCUCAUCUUCUUUAAGUUGGAGAUAUGAUUUUUGGGAUUGGAAGUUUAAUGACCGAAUGCUUGUUAAUUGUUUUGAUAUUGUAGUCUCUAUCAAGGAGCAGUUAUCUGUCAAGACUGUUGCCUGCCGUAUGCGUGUUUUCUUAUUGAAAAUUUUCGCCUUUAGGGUUGAUUGUUCCUGGAAAUGGUGGAAGUCCACUUCCUUGGAUUUGGGACCCGUGCUCAGCAAUGACCUCUUUAACUUGCAAGGGGAUAGAGUUUGUGUACUUGUGAAUUGUUCUAAUCCUUGAUCUGCGUCUUACAGGGUAUGGGAAUUAAAAUACAGAGAGUGAGUUCUUCUCUCAUGCAAGUUUUGCCUAAAUGCGAGUGCUAAACCUGUGCUCGUUGUCUACAAAGAACAGCCUUUUUUAAUUUCAUUUUCUGUUCUGAAUUCUCAUUUUCUGUCGUUAUGGCAUUCUUAUCUUAGCAAGAGCACAAGCCCUGUUCGAUUGAUGCAAGCCUGUAUCGGUGGAAAGGAAACAUUAUUCUGGCGAUUUAGAUUCUGCCCAGUUCAUAAUGCUUCAUUCUGAUUGCGUAAUUAUGGAUCAUUGGGAAAUUUGCGUACAAUUGGGAAAUUGCAUAAUUAUGUUGGCUGCUGGGUGGAAGCUUAACAGCCAAAACAGUAUAUUCACAAAAUUUCUUCCAGAGGCCGAGUAUUGAUGCAUGCAUGUGUCCAAAAACCCGCAUGGAUGUUGCCAAAAUAGCAAUGAUAACAGAAAUCUGGUGCCGAACCAUUAGAUUGGAUAACAAAUGUUAUUGAAGGGAUAGGACGAUGCAAACCCCUGCCAAUGAAGGGUAUAUUUUCAGGCCUAUUGAAGGAGACUCUCUGACCCCAAGAAAUUGAAGUGGAGGUUGACAUUUUCUUGUUUUGAUCUUCUUGUUCGGUUUCAUCUUUCAUCAUGGGCGACGUUUCUUUGGAACAGAUAAAGAAUGAGAAUAUUGAUCUUGAGAGAAUUCCUGUUGAAGAGGUAUUUCAGCAGCUAAGAUGUACAAAAGAAGGAUUGAGCACCGCACAAGGUGAGGAGAGGCUUAAGAUCUUUGGCCCAAACAAGCUUGAGGAGAAAAGAGAGAGCAAAUUCCUCAAGUUUUUGGGUUUCAUGUGGAACCCUUUAUCAUGGGUCAUGGAAGCAGCUGCCAUAAUGGCCAUUGCUUUGGCUAAUGGAGGAGGCAAGCCUCCGGAUUGGCAGGAUUUUGUUGGUAUCGUUGUAUUGCUUAUCAUCAACUCCACCAUCAGCUUCAUCGAGGAAAACAAUGCAGGCAACGCAGCUGCCGCUUUGAUGGCUGGUCUUGCCCCCAAAACCAAGGUUUUGAGGGAUGGAAAAUGGAUGGAGGAAGAUGCAUCAAUUCUGGUACCAGGAGAUAUGAUCAGCAUCAAGUUGGGAGAUAUCGUCCCAGCUGAUGCUCGUCUCAUGAAAGGAGAUCCGCUCAAGAUUGAUCAGUCUGCACUGACUGGUGAAUCCCUUCCAGUUACAAAGCAUCCCGGCGAAGGGGUUUUCUCUGGCUCAACCUGCAAGCAAGGUGAGAUUGAGGCUGUUGUUAUUGCUACUGGUGUUCACACCUUCUUCGGCAAGGCAGCUCACCUUGUUGACAGCACCAAUAACGUUGGCCAUUUCCAAAAGGUGUUGACAGCUAUUGGUAACUUCUGUAUCUGCUCAAUCGCUAUCGGUAUGCUGGUUGAGAUUAUAGUGAUGUACCCAAUCCAGCACAGGAGGUACAGAGAGGGUAUUGAUAACCUCUUGGUGCUUCUCAUUGGAGGUAUCCCAAUUGCUAUGCCUACAGUCUUGUCAGUGACAAUGGCUAUUGGGUCUCACCGUCUAUCACAGCAAGGUGCCAUCACCAAGAGAAUGACCGCUAUUGAAGAAAUGGCUGGAAUGGAUGUCUUGUGUAGUGACAAGACCGGAACUCUAACCCUCAACAAGCUUACCGUGGACAAGAGCCUUAUUGAGGUGUUUAUAAAGGAUAUGGACAAGGAUACCCUUGUAUUACUUGCUGCUAGGGCUUCCAGAAUUGAGAAUCAGGAUGCCAUUGAUGCUUCAAUUGUUGGGAUGUUGGGCGACCCCAAGGAGGCAAGAGCAGAAAUCACCGAGGUGCAUUUCUUACCCUUCAACCCUGUGGAAAAGCGCACUGCAAUCACUUACUAUGACAACAACGGUGAUUGGUACAGAAGCAGCAAGGGAGCUCCUGAGCAGAUUAUCGAACUCUGCAACCUAAAAGGGGAGACGAAGAAAAAGGCCCAUGAAAUCAUUGACAACUUUGCCGAGCGUGGCCUUCGUUCCCUAGGAGUUGCUCGCCAGAGAAUUCCAGAGAAGACCAAGGAAAGUGAAGGAGCACCGUGGGAGUUUGUGGGUCUCUUGCCUCUUUUCGACCCUCCAAGGCAUGAUAGUGCUGAGACUAUCCGUCGAGCCCUUGACCUUGGUGUCAAUGUUAAGAUGAUCACUGGUGACCAACUUGCUAUUGGCAAAGAGACUGGCCGCAGGCUUGGGAUGGGCACGAACAUGUAUCCUUCAUCAUCUCUCCUUGGUAAUAGCAAGGAUGAGAGCAUUUCUGGCAUUCCAGUUGAUGAGCUCAUCGAGAAAGCUGAUGGAUUUGCUGGAGUCUUCCCUGAACACAAGUAUGAGAUUGUGAAGAAGCUACAAGAGAGGAAGCAUAUCUGUGGUAUGACAGGAGAUGGUGUUAAUGAUGCCCCGGCAUUGAAGAAGGCAGACAUUGGAAUUGCUGUGGCAGACGCAACUGAUGCUGCCAGGAGUGCUUCAGAUAUUGUCUUGACAGAACCAGGAUUGAGUGUUAUUAUUAGCGCUGUAUUGACAAGCAGAGCCAUCUUUCAGAGGAUGAAGAACUACACAAUCUAUGCUGUUUCCAUCACAAUUCGUAUUGUGCUGGGAUUCUUGCUUGUUGCACUUAUUUGGAAGUUCGACUUCUCGCCAUUCAUGGUUCUGAUCAUUGCUAUUCUCAAUGACGGAACCAUCAUGACCAUCUCCAAAGAUAGAGUCAAGCCAUCUCCUGUGCCCGACUCAUGGAAGCUCAAGGAAAUUUUCGCCACAGGCGUUGUCCUUGGAACUUACAUGGCAAUCAUGACUGUGCUGUUCUUCUGGCUUGCUCAUGACACUGAUUUUUUCCCCGAGAAGUUUGGCGUGAGGACAAUCAGAGGUAAACCAGAUGAGCUUACAGCAGCUCUUUACCUUCAAGUGAGCAUCAUCAGUCAAGCACUCAUCUUUGUAACCAGGUCAAGGAGCUGGUCCUUUGUUGAAUGCCCUGGUCUCUUGCUUGUCAGUGCUUUCAUUGCAGCACAGUUGGUGGCGACUCUCAUUGCUGUGUAUGCAAGCUGGUCCUUUGCAAGAAUCGAAGGCAUUGGUUGGGGAUGGGCAGGAAUCAUCUGGCUUUUUAGCAUUAUCACCUACAUCCCUCUUGAUAUCAUAAAGUUCAUUAUCCGCUAUGCAUUGACUGGGAAGGCCUGGGAUAAUAUGCUACAAAACAAGACUGCUUUCACAAACAAGAAGGACUAUGGAAAGGGUGAGAGGGAGGCUCAAUGGGCUACUGCUCAACGUACUCUUCACGGUCUUCAACCUCCAGAAACCAUGUUCAAUGACAAGACCACCUACAGAGACUUGAGUGAGCUUGCAGAGCAGGCUAAGAAGCGUGCCGAAGUAGCAAGGCUCAGAGAGCUUCACACGUUGAAGGGACAUGUUGACUCAGUGGUUAAGAUGAAGGGACUUGACAUUGAGACCAUCCAACAACACUACACAGUCUAAGGAAAUAAAAGAGAUGUAGAAAGAAGCACAUGCAAGUAAGAUAGAGACAGAGUUCAUAGAGAACAAACAAGAAAACUAAUGUCAGAGCUGUUUUUUCCUGUUCAACAUUUCAUUUAUUAUUUAUUUAAAUUAUAGGAGGGGAUCUUCAUAAGGGAGAUUUGCUGUAGCUCCUUUGGAGAAUGGAAGAAUUCUAGUGGGAAAUUUGAAAGCAGUGAAGAACUCAAGGGGCUACAUAUAUAAUAUAUACAAUAUCUGUUUGUUCUUA